GUUGCGAGCCACAGCCUCUGUUGGAGAAAGACACCAACCAACAGAGGGGGUUUACGCACACACACACACACACACGCACACACUCUGACGGGAGUUUCAGUUUGCAGCAGUGACGUACUGUGAGCUCACUGAGCCAGCUCAGUGUUUAUGUCUUUUUUUCACACACACGAGAGGAGCCAGAUAGAGGGGCAACCUCGUUUACCGGCUUUGUGGUUUUUAUCAUUCCUCAAGCGUUUAUUUUAACUCAGUCCACUACAGCUGAUGAUGCUCGUGUCUGAACUCUGAUUUCAUCCCCAAUUAUUCACCAAACCGAUCAUAUGCACAUAGAAGAAUACAUUGAAGAAGAUGAGGAACCACCUUUGCUGCUCAGCUCUUGUCCUUCUCACGGUGCUCGGCUGUGGUGGGACUGCAGCAGUGCAGUGUCGGUGGGGGGAAGGGUGUGUGUGUCUGCAAUGCCCUGCUGGCCAGGAGCCUUCAAAGGCUUGUGGACAGAUCCAAAGUCCAACAGAGGAAGUGCAAUGCCGAAUAUGUCCUGCUGGAAACUUUUCAGAUGCAUUUGAUUCUGAACUUUGCCGUCCACACGCCUCCUGCAAGAUCCUCGGCCGUGAAGUUACAACCCCUGGCACUGCAACCUCUGAUGCCGUCUGCGGUGACUGUCUGCCUGGGUUUCACUCCAGUGUCAUAGGGGAAGUUUCUACCCAAAAUCCCUGUGUGAAAACAUCUUUGCAUGUCAGGACAGUGCGAACAGUGGGCAAAGGUCCAUCCAGUGGUGCGGGAGGGCCAGUCAACGGCACAGUGGUACGCAGCGCUGAGGAGAAGACAGCGGAGUACGCCGUGUUUGCUUUGGUGCCUGUUUUCUGCGUGAUGGGCCUGUUGGGCAUCCUCAUCUGCAACAUCCUGAAGAAGAAGGGAUACCGCUGCUCUGCUGACAAAGAGGGAGGAGAUGAAGAAACUGCCACACCCCAGAAAGAAGGUAACAGCUGUCCCUACAUUUCAGACGACCUGAAUGAAGACACCAUCAGCGUGUUGGUUCGCCUCAUUACUGAGAAGAAAGAAAAUGCUGCUGCACUAGAGGAACUGCUGCUGGAGUACGAGAGCAAACAGAUGGCCCUGAGCAAAGGCUCUUCAAUCAAGUUCCCGAUGCUGUCUCCCCUGUCCCCAUUCCGCUCCCUCCCUAGGCUGUGCCCCCAUCAGUCCCACCUCCACACCAUCUCUGGCCUCUCCGGCCUGGCCCCCAAGCACGGCUACCGCUGCACCCGCUGCGCCCAGAGAAAAUGGCCCCCUGUCCUCAUACCUCCCCUGGACUCCCUGAAAGAUCCCCUGAAGCCCCCCCAGACCCUUAUCCUGCCCUCCCUGGACACAUCCGCCGACCAGCAGAAGAGACCCCUGCUGGGAGGAGUGUUUGUCGAUACCCAUCAUACACAAGCUGCUGUGCCAAAUGCUGUCCUGGAAAAAGUGGAAGGAAGUGAAGUGCAGGAGAGGAAGGAGGGAGAGCUGACGGUGUUGUCUGUGGGGAGAUUUCAAGUAGCUCAGAUCCCAGAGCAGAAGCCCGUCAUCGUGGAAACCAAGAGCAACCAGGAGCAACGAAACUCCCUGUUUGGAGGGAGACCCUUCUCCUGCUCCUCUUCUUCAUCCGGCAUCAGGAGGUGAAGAGACAGAGAGACAGUGUACGAUAACGCUACCUCGCUGAAGUUGACCUCAUCAAUCGCUGACGACUUGAAAGCUGGCAGGGAGGGCGUUUCUAGACAACCGACACCACGAAAACUACAAGAACCCCCUCCUGCGGCAAGAAGUUGUUCCUAUUUAUGCGAUAAGAGGAUUAUAACUAUAUUUAUUAUUACAUAAACAAACAUUGUACUUUACACACCGAACAUUGUAGAAGUUCAUCUUAAGGGAUAGAGUGGAGAGUAUGGGAGGAUGAGAGGAUAAAAACUAAGAAGAAAAGUUUGAAACAUAGAAUAAAAGCAUUCUUAGUUCCUGUAUCUGUGCUUCCAUGUAGAAAACAUACACACAGGGAUGAACCAUGUACAGGCUACACAUCUACGUGUACUCACUUCUGCUUGUACGCCCAUUAUAACACAUGCAUAGUCUUUCUUGUGUACGGUGAAGUGUGGAUGAAACACUGUGGAUCAUAGUACAUUAGUGACAGAAAGACAAACAACAGCUGAAACAAACUCAUUCAAGUGUGUGCAUUAAAAAAAAAAAAGAAGAAAAUCCAAUCAAGUGCCGUCUGACCAAAAGGUUGUUAUCAUUAGACUGACCAAAUCUGGCUUGACUAAAAAGCAAACAAACAGAUCUAUAUGAUUUUUGAUCAUAUGACACUUGAUUAAAGACCACAGUAGCACUACAGUAAGUAUUAUGUGGGGAAAAAAUGUUAUCAAAUUCUUUUUUUUUGUUUGUUUUUUAAUAUUUCACAAGUUUAGUGAUUUAAGCUUCCUUUUCUUCUGCUCAUGUAGGAAUUGCAGGUGAGUUGAGAUUUCUGACCUUGAAGAUGUUGAAUGUAGUCUUAAUAGAAGGAGCUCACUGCACUCACUGAGCUCACUUGAACUCAGUUAGCCUUUGAGUGUUUGAGUAUCACUCAUUCAGCAUUGACAACUGCCCGCAGUCAGAAUUGAUAAUAUUUCUAACUUCUACAGCUCUUGGACCAGGCCCAGGUAGGUGAUCAGGGGCCAAAAUGUGUUCUUAGACUGAUCGCCAACAUGGUAUCAUAACGCUACAUCCCAGUGGCAAUUAGAAGCUUUUCUUGUUUUUCAGUCCCGAGGUGAAAAUGGGGUAGACAUCAUUUUGUAGUAUAGAACAUGUAAAUGAAUGUAAAUAUGUAAAUAUGGGUGGGUGUAGAGAAACAGACCAUACAUGGUUUUUUUUUAAUUUUAGCAUAUAAGGUGAAAGACACUGCACCAGUGACUGACAUUUGUAAAAACUGGUAAACUGUAAACUAUCAUGCAUAUAAGUUGAAUCUCUGGUCAAAAUCAACAUAACACACAUGAUUUUCCACAAUCUGGGUACAACAUUUCAGUUGUUUUCUUUUGUAACACUUGCAGUUUUCCAUUUCUAAUCAUGAACUUUUAAAAACACACAUACAGCACACAAAGACAGACGCCAGUUAUGCAAUCUCAGUAGCUGUAAGAAACCACUCCUACAUAAACACACACAUGCACACAUUUGCUUUUUAUUGUUUAGUUAGGUUAUUGUUUGAGAUGCAGCUCAGUUGGCUUCAGUUUACAUCCACGUAGGGUUUUCAAGAGUGUACUAUAAUCAUAGAGGGUUUUUAGCUACUCAUUUUCAUAUUUUCUUAAUAUGUUAACAGGAACAUGACAACAUGCCUGGAGGACUGGAUAUUUAUUGGGUGUAGCAGUUACAUGUUUUCAUUUGAUCAGUUUUUUA